AUGUGGCCGCCGGCUCCUGUUGUGAGACGGGCAGCGCGAUUGGCAAGAGUGAAAGCCGCAAAUGCUACACAAGCAAGCCGACUCCCCGCUCUCGAUGACUUGAAAAACAUAACGUCAAACUCCUUUAUCUCAUUUCCAAACAGUAAUACCAAUACCAAAAAUGGGGAUCUCGCUGAAAGCCCCUCCGAUGCAGUGGAAGAGAGUGGCCCUGAGAAAACCAGUCCCUCCUUGGCAAGACCAUUGCCCAAUUCGAUAGCAGUGAAAGAUAACAUCGCUACGGCUGACCUCCCGACAACAUGUGGAUCUGGUAUCCUUCGUGGGUAUCAAAGCCCAUUCCAGGCAUUCGUAAUAGAGCAAGCUCGCGCGUAUGGCGGAGAGGUGACUGGGAAAACAAAUCUGGACGAGUUCGGAAUGGGUUCCCAUUCGACACAUUCAUUUUUCGGCCCUGUUCGCAAUAAACCCCCAUUCGAGGACUUCUCUGCCGGCGGAAGUUCAGGAGGAAGUGCCGUCGCAGUUGCGCAAGGCCUGUGUGAAGUAGCGCUGGGGACUGAUACUGGAGGAUCAAUCCGGCUUCCAGCAGCGUACACCAAAACCAUUGGGUUUAAACCAUCCUAUGGAUUGUUGUCUCGGAGGGGUGUUGUACCAUAUGCUAACUCUCUCGAUACCGUGGGCAUUUUAUCACAGUCUACUAAGAUAAUUCUCAAGACUUUUUUGCAGCUGGGGCAGCAUGAUAUUGCGGAUCCAUCCACUCUCCCACCAAAAUCCCGCAAGCGGAUAGCUAAAUGGCACGCAAAGAUGACGAUGGAAAGACGAGCAAAAGCUGAUAUCUCUAAGCCUGGCUUUGCUAAUUUAAAAAUUGGAGUGCCUAUCGAAUACAAUAUUGCUGAGCUAGAUCCCGCAAUACGAAGGGCAUGGCAGAAUGCACUGACACUGUUUCAAGAGCAAGGAUGUACUGUUGUGCCAGUGUCUCUUCCAAAUACCAAGCAUGCCCUGUCUGCAUACUACGUCCUUGCCCCGGCCGAAGCCGCCUCCAACCUCUCCAAAUAUGACGGGAUCAGAUAUGGAACCCGCAGUCAGUUGAGUGAUGGGGCAGGAGAUGUUUUGUAUUCGUACAGUAGAGGUGAGGGUUUUGGCGAUGAAGUCAAACGGCGGAUACUCUUAGGAUCAUACACCUUGAGCUCCGAAGCUAUCGACAAUUACUUUAUCAAGGCCCAGAAGAUCCGAAGGCUUGUUCAACGCGAUUUCGACCGUGUCUUCUCAAUUUCAAAUCCGCUCCGGCCUCCCCAGCAGUUUGAUCUCUCUGAUAUGGAUGAUUCGGUGCUGCUUCCGGACAAGCUGGGCCCUUGCGACGUGGAUUUCAUUGUGUGCCCAACAGCCCCAACAACACCACCUACUCUAGAUGAUAUUUCGAAACAGACAUCUGUUGAUGCUUAUAUGAACGAUGUGUUUACUGUCCCAGCAAGUUUGGCUGGUCUGCCCGCUAUAAGUGUCCCAUACAAGGGAUACUUCCCAUCUGGAGCGUUCAGAAACCCAGACGCUCCAAACUCCAUCGGGAUACAAAUCAUUGGGCAGUACUCGGAUGAUGUUCGGGUCAUUGCUACGGCACACAAGUUCUUGCAGCUGCAAGAAGACAAGGCCAACUCCAGAUUGCGUGACAAUAACUUUCGCGCACGGGAUAAGAAACUGGCCAUAAAAGAGCAUAAGGCUAGUAGAAGUAUGGUAAAAUUUACACCAUCUGAGGAGGGGAUCCUUUCGCGAAAUGUGAAGAUUUCGAAGCACUUUUCGGGAAGGAGCAUGCCUAAGUCAUUGGACUACUUAUUGAUAAGGAAGAUGCUGCAAGAGGUGAAGAUAACGAAGUAUCCCUCGAGGAAAGGGCUCAUUCUGCAACAACAGAAGUCUAAGGCACAAACAGAUCGAGAGUUUGCUGGCGCUCUUGCUGCCUGGGAUCAGAUUAUGCAUUGA